AUGAAUGCGAUGCUCGAUUUUUUUCACCCUAUGUUGGACCUUGAGUACAUUCAGUCUUUACCCUAUAUUACCCCUUAUACUGAUCGAAGAACGGUCUUGAUCUUGGGAGGAUGUAGCGGUUUAGGUUGGUAUACUGUGUUGCAUCUUUAUUUACACGGAUAUGUCAUUUAUAUUACAGGACGGAGUAAGUCCCGAGUUUUAAAAUCUAUAGAUGAAUUGAGACAAGAAUCAAUCAAUAUUAGACUGAAUUAUACUUCUCAAGAACUCAAUGAACGUUAUUUAGGAGAACUUUUAUACUUAGAAUUGGAUUUAUCCCAACUAAGUUCAGUUCUAUCCGCUGCUAAUAAAUUAAUCAAUACUGAAAGAAAUUUAAAUAUCCUAAUUAAUAAUUUAAGUACAAACUUUAUACCUUAUAUGAAGACUCAAGAUGGAUUUGAGAUACAAUUGCAAUUAAACUACAUAUCACCUUUUUUGCUUAUCAUUAAAUUACUACCACUUUUGGAGAAUACCACCAAUUAUUAUCCUGAAAUUGAACCUCCCAAAAUCAUUUAUACUAGUUCUCCAAGUCAUUAUUUCUUUUUCAGUUAUUUUAGUAUGGAUGAAGAUUUCAAGUAUAAACCUAUCUUCUUCUUUAACUGGAUAAGGUAUGGGAAAGCAAAAAUCUCGGGAAUUCAUCUCAUAAAAAUGUUAUCUUUGAGAAACCCUAAGAUCUUAAGUACUAUAGUUGAUCCAGGAUUUGUGAUGAACCCCACUAUUUUUAGCUAUUUUACGAGAUUGCCAAUAAUUGGGAUACUAUUUUGGUGUUUAUUUGAGAUUUUUGGUUAUUUCUUUGGAAGUACCAUGGAAGAAGGAUCAUUUUCAGUGAUUAAAAAUUGUUUAGAUCCUGAUUUGACCUUUGAUGAUAACGGAAAGAUUUUUGAUACCAACGGGAAGGAAGUUAAAGGAUCAAGAGUUGCCAAUAAUAUGGAUUAUGCUGCCCGAACAUGGAUUUGGACAAUUAAUAAGUUGAAUGAAAAGAAUAUUCAUAUUCCUAAUUAA